AGAGUCUCCUGCGACCUGGAUUUAGUCCGCAGCGGCGGUGGCUGCCUUGGCGGACUCCAGCUGUGUGAGAUGGCUGAGGAUUUGGCCUCCAUCUUUGGCACCGAGAAGGACAAAGUCAACUGUUCCUUUUACUUCAGAAUUGGAGCGUGUCGUCACGGAGACAGAUGCUCCCGGUUGCACAAUAGACCGACCUUUAGCCAGACCGUCGCCCUCUUGAACAUCUUCCCAAACGCUCGGGACUCCUCCCGGGGCGCCGACGCUCUGCGCGGUGCCGGGAGGGACGCGGAGACGCAGGAGCACUACGACGAGUUCUUUGAGGAGGUCUUCGCCGAGAUGGAGCAGAGGUACGGCGAGGUGGAGGAGAUGCACGUCUGCGACAACCUCGGGGAACACCUGGCGGGGAACGUGUACGUCAAGUUCCGACGGGAGGAGGAUUCCGAGAAGGCCGUGGCCGACCUGAACAACCGCUGGUUCAAUGGGCGGCCAAUCCGGGCAGAGCUGUCCCCGGUGACCGACUUCAGGGAGGCCUGCUGCCGCCAGUACGAGACGGGACAGUGCGCCCGAGGGGGCCUCUGCAACUUCAUGCAUCUGAAGCCCAUCUCCAGCGAGCUGCGGAGGGAGCUGGACGGGCGCCGGCGCCGGCAGCCGAGGGCCAGGUCCCGAGCCUGAGCCCGUGGGCGUGGACGCGGCCGUGGAGGACCAGAGCGGGACAGCAGGCGGUCGCGAGAUAGGGAAAGAUCCCAGCUGUUUCGACCCUGUUUCUGCUCGACAGUGUUGUAGUGUACUCGGUGGACAAGCCAGUUCAUGAUGGCAUUUUUUAAUAAGAAAAUAAACAAAGAUGGGUUUCUGAAUAAAAUUUGCAGUGAUAUAGUUCAAACAA